AUGAGGCAGAAGAGAGCUAAAUCAUACAAAAAGCAAAUGCAAACAUACAACACGGCCUUCAAAUUCAGAGAACCCCACCAAGUAAUAAUCGACUCGCUGCUCCUUUCAACAACGCAAGCCCAAUCAUACGACACCCUUAAAGGUCUAUCACGCACUUUGCAAACGUCAGAAACCUUAAAGCCAAUGAUAACCCAAUGCUGCAUCGAGCAACUCUACACCACAAAGAACCAAACCUUAAUCGACAUUGCGAAAUCAUUCGAGCGACGCAAAUGCAACCAUCGUACCGCGAUCGCUCCAUCUGAUUGCAUUCAUAGUAUAGUCGACAUCAAGGGCGUGAAUAAGCAUCGGUAUAUCGUGGCGACACAAGAUGCGGAGUUGCGGAAAAGAUUGCGACGUGUGCCGGGCGUGCCUCUCAUCUACAUGAAUCGAUCCGUCAUGGUGAUGGAGCCGUUGAGCGACGCGAGCCGCGCGUUCCUGCAAGCGUGGGAAGAGCUGAAGUUGACUGGCGGAUUGAAUGAUCUCAGCGCGGGGAUCAAGCGAAAAGAAGAAGAUGGGGAAGACAAGAAGAAGGAAGAAGUUGGAGAUGGGGAGGCACUGGGGAGGAAGAAACGGAAGGGUCCCAAGGGGCCUAAUCCGCUUAGUGUCAAGAAAAAGAAAAAAGUGGACGCGGGCGAUGAUGCGCGGGAUGAUGCGCGCGAGAAGAAGCCUACGAGAAGGAAGAGGCGUGGCAACAAGUCUGGCGAGAGGAAGAGCGACGGCAAUGGCGAUGGUGAUGGCGAUGCACAAGUUGAGACAGAAGAUUCGAAUUUGAAUGCAGACGCACUGGAUAAGUAG